AAAAUACAGCCAGACUGUCCUCUACUGUUCCUUUCUAGACCUUAAAAUCUGUCGAGAUUACAAUUUGGGUCGCUGGUGUGAAAGACAAACACCCUACGCAUCAUACCAAUAGGAUUAACCCACUUGCUUGGAUUUGUAACGUGGCUCAUAGCAAGGUUUGCAACACUGCCCCCUCCUCCUUUUUACGCGAACAAAGUGCAUGUUGAAUAAAACAAUGUCAUGACGGGCCCGAUGGAAACUUGCCAAAUGUCGACAAAACAAAGUACACUAGAAAAGGUACUGAAGCAUUUUCCUCUCAACAUAAAGAGUGGUCAUCAUGGACCCCAGAAGUCCCCACUGGACCGAGCCAGGCCCUGGUCGUCACCCACAGAGACCCAGGGAGAGAGAGGACUACCAUAGGCCUGCUCACCCUCACCAGGGGACUGGACCCGGGCACUACCCACCACCACCGGACCCCAGGGAGAGAGAGGACUACCAUAGGCCUGCUCACCCUCACCAGGGGACUGGACCCGGGCACUACCCACCACCGCCGGACCCCAGGGAGAGAGCGGACUACCAUAGGCCUGCUCACCCUCACCAGGGGACUGUACCCGGGCACUACCCACCACCACCGGACCCCAGGGAGAGGGAGAGGCAGUGGUCCCACCAGGACCCUCGCUACAGGGUCUACCUCACCAGCCCGCCCCCUUCCAGACCACCUCUAGAGUUCUCUCUCAGCUCUUACAGCACUCCCCACUCCAGAACAGCUUACGACAGACCCCAUUCCACGAUGAGUUACAUCAGACCAGAGCCCCAACACUCCAGACCCCACUCAAGGCAAGCAUUUGACUACCCACCCCAGAUUCACUGGGACCAUAGUCAGGACUAUGGCUACUAUGACCAGGGCUAUUACAAAGGACAUUACCCAGAUGCAGGUCAAUGGCCUCCCCAGGAACAGUGGAGGUCUGACCAGUAUCAGGAGAGGGGAUAUUUUCAGCAGGACCAGACUGGCAGUGGCUACCCAGAACAACAAAGGUAUGACCAGCGAAGAGCGAGCUCUCAGCAUGACUUCAGAGGCUCUGAUGAAGAUCGUUCUAAAGAGAAUGGGGAUGCUGGUAGAGAUGACUGCUCUUAUGCCGAAGGGGCUCUGGCCAUCUCCAAGGCCUCAGGCUUGUCCUCCAGUAGCUAUGAGUUGAGCCAGUACAUCAACGAUGCUGAACAGACUGACCCUGCCCCACAAACCACCUGGAGCACAGCAGACACAGAGUAUGCAGCUAUUCCCCAGGUGACUGCCCCUCUGAAAUACAUUUUGCCCCAUGCUCUGGUCAGCUUUGGUCCAGCCGGACAGUUGAUCCGGGUCAGUCCUGGUCUGGCCAUGCAGGGAGACCCAGGGAAGGUGGAACUACACAGUCUCGAGAUCAUUCUGGGGGAAACACAGGAGCAGCAGGACAUGAGAGAAUUUCCUGGGCCACUGGCUAGGGAAGACCUGCACAAAGUAGAUGCCAUCUCUUUUGCCCACCAGAAGGCAGAAGCCUGCAUGAAAGAUGAAAAGCUACAAGACAAGGGCUCUGCCGCCCUCCUUUGGAAUCUACUGGUACUGCUGUGCAGACAGAAUGGACGUAUCGUUGGUUCAGACAUAGCAGAGCUGCUGAUGAGGAACUCUCAGGGCCAUGGUGGUUCGGGGGGAAGUGAAUCAGAGGCCCCUACACUCAUAGACCUGAGUGAGGGCCCCAGUCCUGAGACAGACCCCUUGGAUGGAGCAGAUCUGUUGACAGGGACAGCCACUAGUGUCGGUACGGCUGAGUCCACAGAGAAGGACAUGCAGGGAUACACCAAGCUUCUCCUGGCUGGACGGAAGAAGGAGGCCCUCGAGUCGGCCAUGAAGGGUGGACUGUGGGGCCACGCCCUGUUCCUGGCCAGCAAGAUGGACAACAGGUCCUAUACCACUGUGUUGAACAGGUUUACAGGCCAGCUAGCUCCCAACGACCCCCUACAGACCCUGUUUCAAAUGCUCUCUGGAAGGAUUCCUGCUGUUUCCACGUGUUGUGGAAGUGACAAAUGGAGAGACUGGGAGCCUCACCUGGCCGUCAUGCUGUCCAAUGAGACGGGAGAUCCAAUCGGGCACCAGAAGAGCAUCAUUACCAUGGGAGACACGCUAGCCUCCAGAGGGCUGUUACAUGCUGCUCAUAUCUGCUAUCUGACAGCUUACGCUCCUUUUGGCGUCUACACAGCCAAGACCGAAAGACUGGUGCUUCUGGGCAACUGCAACAGUUUGCCAUUCAAAGAGUUUGCUCAGAAUUCUGCCAUUCGGUGCACAGAGUUAUUCGAGUACUGCCAGAGACUUGGAGAUAAAUUCUUCUGUAUCCCCCCCUUCCAGGUGUAUAAGUUCCUGUAUGCGUGUCGUCUGCUGGAUGCUGGGCUGGCAUCCCAAGCCUUCCACUACUGUGAGGUGAUAGGGAUGUCUUUACUCAGACUGCAGGAGCCCAGCAUGGUGCUGCUGGGGGAGCUUAUCAAGCUGGCAGAGCGGCUGAAGCAGUGUGAGGGAAUGGGACAGCUCAGUAACACAGCUGACGACAGGCCUAGACAGGAGCCUGACUGGCUACAGCAGCUGAGAUACAGACAGCAGGGCAUACAGAUGGGGAGCAGUGGUUGUAGUGAUGCAUACCAGUCACCAGCAGACAGGAGUCCAUUGGCCCAUGAGGAGAGCAGAGUGUAUUCAGAAUCAGACACCAGUGACCUUUCUGCAAGCGGAGAUGACCAGGGACUGGAUGCUAAAUUCCUCUCCUACAAAGCAGCUGAAGAGCAACAACAACAGCACGUGCAGGCACAGCAGAUCAACACCCAGCCUCUGCUGCCGGUCAUGGCUUCUAACACUCAGCCUGCAGUGCCACUUGUGGUGGGAGGCCAGGACCACAGUUACCACUACACAGACACUGCCCAGCCUCCGCCUCAGCCUCAGUCUUCACCUCAGCAUCCUACAUUGGACUGUCCUCCUUCAGCAGGGGAAGGGGCUGAUCCUUCAGCUGGCCCAGGCAUGAUAGGGGUUCAAGUGAAUGCUGGCAUGAUGCCGGUGGCAGAGUAUGGUCAGCAGUAUGGUCAGCACUACGGCCAGGAGAAUGAUUAUGGAGAUCAGCAGGCAUGGCAGCAGGGAGGGCACCAGGCCACCAUCACGCAGGAGGGCAAGGCCUCAGAGCCGGACAAAAUCCAACCAAAACAGAGCAUCAAGUCAGGGUGGUUUAGCGGCUGGUUCAAACACAAACCCAAAGAGGAGCAAAGUAAGGCGUCUCAGGAUGCAGACUCAGCUGACCCAGUUCCCACUAUGGAGACGCCUCCCACUUCCCUAUUUUCUUUCCCUCCCACUACCAACAUCCCUGCAGCCAAUUUUCCUACCCAGCCUGCAUCUACUGGUAUCAACGCCUUUUCUCGGAAAGCGGGACCUGAGCCCUAGGACCAUGCCUCAUGACUACCUGGCAUGAUGACUCCUUGCUGUCGCCAGUCCACCUGGCCGUGCUGCUGCUCCAGUUUCAACUGUUCUGCCUGCGGCUAUGGAACCCUGACCUGUUCACUGUGAUAACUAUUAUUUGACCAUGCUGGUCAUUUAUGAACAUUUGAACAUCUUGGCCUUGUUCUGUUAUAAUCUCCACCCGGCACAGCCAGAAGAGGACUGGCCACCCCUCAUAGUCUGGUUCCUCUCUAGCUUUCUUCCUAGGUUUUGGCCUUUCUUGGGAGUUUCUCCUAGCCACCGUGCUUCUACACCUGCAUUGCUUGCUGUUUUGGGUUUUAGGCUGGGUUUCUGUAAAGCACUUUGAGAUAUCAGCUGAUGCAAGAAGGGCUAUAUAUAUAAAUUUGAUUUGAUUUGAUGAUAUCAUUUUCUGGAAUUUUCCAAGCUGUUUAAAGGCACAGUCAACUUAGUGUAUGUCAACAUCUGACCUACUGGAAUUGUGAUAAGUCAAAUAAUCUGUCUGUCAACAAUUGUUGGAAAAAUGACUUGUGUCAUGCACAAAGUAGAUAUCCUAACAGAUUUGCCAAAACUAUAGUUUGUUUACAAGAAAUUUGUGGAAUGGUUGAAAAACGACUCCAACCUAAGUGUAUGUAAACUUCCGUCUUCAACUGUAGGUAUUACAGACUUAGUCAGUGAAAGGUUAAAAACGUCAGUUGGUCCGCGCAUGCUUUGAGUACACGUCCUAGUAAUCCAUCUGGCCCCGCGGCUUUGUGAAUGUUGACCUGUUUAAAGUUUGACCUGUCUGGGUUUCCCUUUGUAGUCCGUAAUAGUUUUCAUGCCCUGCCACAAUACAAAGAGCAUCAAAGCCGGUGUAGUAGGAUUUAAUCUUAAUCCUGUAUUGAUGCUUUGCUUGUUUGAUGGUUCAUCUGAGGACAUAGUGGGAUUUCGUAUAGGCGUCCGGAUUAGUGUCUCGCUCCUUGAAAGCGGCAGCUCUAGCCUUUAGCUUUAUGCAGAUGUUGCCUGUAAAACCACCCCUACCUUGUCACAACACAACUGAUUCGCUCGAACACAUUAAGUGUCACAGAUCCCUCAGAAACUUUAAUUACGCACUCCUGACCCUUAUUCCCAAUGAUUAGUAAUUGUAUAAGUGUCACGACUUCCGCCAAAGUCAGGUCAUCCUUGUUCAGGCAGCGCUCGGCGUCGCCGAUCUUCUAGCCAUCAUCGAUACACUUUUCAUUUUCCAUGUGUUUUGUCUUGUUUUUCCUCACACCUGGUUUCAAUUCCCUCAGUCAUUUGUUGUGUAUUUAACCCUCUGUUCCCCCCAUAACUUUGUGUGGGAUUGUUUAUUGUAAGUGCUUGUUAUUUUUAUGCCGUGGGUUUUGCUAUUAAACUGCUCCGGCUAUUACCAAGUUCUGCUCUCCU